AGGAACCGGAAGUCAGUGGCGGAAGACUGAUCCGUGGGAGCCUCGUCGAAGAUGAACGUCAUUGGUCUCCUCUCAGCGGGAGGUAAGGUGUCUGCGACACCAGGGAGGUGGAGAUGUUUUCCAUUUCUAUUGGAGUCAUCCUUAUUCCAGACCUUACGUAAUUCCUGCUGUCGGAAAAAAACCACUGCACCAAAGAAAAUUAUUCCCCAUGUUGAUUUUUCUCAUGAAAAUACAAAGGAGUCUGGAAAGGCACUUGACAAGCUCUUCUCUUCAGAACAGCAGGCUUCCAUCUUGCAUGUGUUGAAUACAGCAUCUAAUAAAGAACUUGAAGCUUUCAGAUUGCUUCGGGGAAGAAAGUCCAUCAAUAUUGUAGAGCACAGAGAAAAGUUUGGGCCAUUUCAGAAUUUGGAGAGUUUAAUGAACGUGCCCUUGUUCCGGUAUAAAACUACCCUUAAAGUUUGUAAGUCCAUUCUUUCACCAGAGACUGGAGGGAAAAAAAAAAAGUUACCGGAAAACCAGCUCUUGAGAAAGCUCAUCAAACCGGAAGUAGGAAGAGAGAGACUUAAGGCAGUUAAUAGUAUCGUAUCCAUUGUUUCUGGUACUCGGAGAAUUGCCUGGGCUCACCUUGAUCGGAAAUUGGCAGUGCUGGACUGGCAGCAAAAUGAAUGUUGCCAAUUGAUGAAAGGAACAUACCCAUCAUCUGUCUAUUUAGAAGAGAUUUCUUCAGUCAUUUCAAAGAUGCCCAAAGCUGACUUCUAUGUUCUGGAAAAAACAGGGCCUUCAGUUCAGAACUCAUCUCUGUUUCCUGUACUGUUACAUUUUCAUAUCGUGGAAGCCAUGCUGUAUGCCUUAUUAAAUAAGACGUUUGCCCAGGAUGGCCAACAUCAGGUGCUGAGCAUGAAUCGAAAUGCCGUGGGGAAGCACUUUGAACUGAUGAUUGGUGACACGCGGACUAGUGGAAAAGAAAUAGUGAAGCAGCUCCUCUCAGAGUCUGUCCUGAAAGAAGAGCCGCGGGUGUUCUUCCCGCCAGAUAAGAUAGUCCGCUACAGACAGCUGUUCUCAUCUACUGAACAGUACAGAGCAGAAGAGUUAUACGACUCAUUAUUACAAGCUGUUGCCUUCUAUGAAUUAGCAGUUUUUAACACUGAAUCUUGAAAUCUGAGAGCAGGAACUGUAACUAUAGAACUGGCUAUGGAGCAAGGAAACCACAAACUAUGAACUUCUUCAGGGAAGGAACCGUGUCUUACUCAUAUAAACACAGGACCUGGCAUGAAGAAAGUCCUCAGCAAAUGUCUGUGAUUCAAUUAGGUCACAAUGACUGAAGACUGAUAAGAAAUAAAGCAUUUCUGAAAUAAAGUUCUUAGGAACGACAGAAUUAUAGACUAGUAAAGAAGCUAAAAGGGAACUUACAGUCAUGGAUAAAUGACAUAUGGAAAAAUCACUAACAUGUUUUAAUAAGUGGAAAAGGAAGUUGCUAAAUAAUAUAAUUCUAUUUGUUUAUAAGAAACUGUUUAUAAAUGUAUAACCAUUUGUUCCAGGUUCAAUUUAAAUGUAUUUAUCCACAUUUAAUGCUUACAAAACUUUUCAUCAACAAAAUUGAUGUAUGUAUGUUUAUUUUAAGAUUAACAUGGUAUCCUGAUGCUCAAGAUUUGUAUAAUCUUUCAAAUAUUUUGGUACAACAUAUAUUGUAUAUAGGGUCCCAUUACAGAAAUUUCUUUUGUAAGAAAUCAACUUACGACAAA